AUGGAGGAGGCAGCCGAGAUCUCCCGCCCCAUGGUGGGCACCAUGAGCGGCGCGCCUGUGUCCGGCUCCACCUUCCGCAACAGCGAGUACAUCCAUGACGCUAUGGAAACCUCGCGUCUCACCGAGUCUGGCGGACGUGAGAGCGUCAUGUACGGCCCCGGCGGCCAGCGUCAGACCGAGAUGAAGCUCUUGGCGGUCGAGCCCGACCUUGGCGCAGCGCCCGAGCGUACGCAGGACUAUAAGGGCCGCAUCCGUACAUGGCCCGGUCUACUCUUGCUUGUGGCCAUCGUGGCCGCCGCUGUAGCUCUCAUCACUAUCAACGCCAUCGACGUACAGGACCAGUCGAAUAUCAACGCCCAGCGAUACGAGAACGCGUCGCAAUCUCGCCGUAAGAUCAAAGACGGACUUGCUGACGACAGCGUGAUCGUCUCAGACGACGGACAAGUAGGCAACCCCAAGAAAUACCCCGAUAUGGGCUGUGAAUUGCCCGACUACCAGAGCAAAAAGGGUCAAAUCUACGCUGUAGCCAAGAACGGAACCGAAGUGGCCGUGGGGAUCAAGGGACUCAACUGGUUCGGCAUGGAAACCGGUCUCGCUCUUCCGUUCGGACUCUGGGAAAACAUGGACAACGGUACUUCAGUGUACGAAGUGGCAGCCUUCCUGGCACGUAACAAAUUCAACAGCGUGCGUCUGCCGGUGUGCAUCAAAAACAUUCUCAAAGACGUCGCACCGGACAAAUCGUUGAUCAACUUGAACACCAACCGCGCCAUCAACAUCACGACGUACGUGACGACCAUCCAGACGAUUGUCGAAGCUCUAGGCUACCGUCACAUCACAGUCAUGAUCAGUCUCCACACUCUGGACCCCAAAAAGUCCGGUGGAGCCUGGUUCAGUGAAGAUCUGGGCGUAUCCGAGGACGAUUUCCUCGAUGCCGUCGACAUUUUGACCAAGAAUUUGUGCAAAUCGCGCUACUGGAACAUCCUCGGACUGGAUCUCAAGAACGAGCCGCACGAGUGUACGUGGGGUGGGAAGGAUCCGGAUUGGCAGAAGGGAGCGACUCUUAUUGGUAACCGUAUGCUGGAGGGUUGCCCUAAUUGGCUGGCAUUCGUCGAAGGGAUCGCGUCCAAGGGCACCAUCACUCUGAAUGGGGAAGAGAACACGUACUUCGAUUGGUGGGGCGGUGGUCUGGCGGAUGCUGGAGACGAUCCGGUCACGUUUGACGUUGAGAACAAGCUCGUGUGGGCUCCUCACUACUACAAUACGGGUGUGAGUCCCGCCUGGUAUCUCUACGCUUCCGGUACCCAGAACGCCGAAGGUGCCCGUGAAGAUUACGUCGAACUGGACGACGACACGCUGCGUAACAACGUUGAGAAAACGAUGGACAAGAUGUUUGGCUACUUGAUGACCGCUGACCCGAACUCGGCGAUGGUCAUGGGAGAAUUCGCUGGACUAUACGGCAAAGACGCCCACCCGAUGAAGACCACUAAACGUACAUCCGAUUUCACAAUCGAGGUGAUGGUCAAGGCAGGUUACGCCGGAGGUUACAUGUGGUCUCUCAAUCCGGAGAGUGCGUAUCAGUACAACCCAGCUGAUACAUUCGGCCAGUUCACGGAGGGUCUGCUGGAAGACGACUGGCUCACACCCAACAAGGUCUUUGUGGAAGGUAUGGCUGCUCUGGACGACAUCAAGGACCUCAAAAUGUUCCCGUGCUUUCCAGUGGAAGUGGAGAGUGACGCUGGCUCCGAGUAA